AUGGCGGGCCCAAUGACUGUGCCCCGGCUGCCUCCACACGACCCGGGGACGCCGGCGCUGUCGGUGGUGGACAUGCACACAGGCGGCGAGCCCCUGCGCAUUGUGCUGGCGGGGUGUCCGGAGGUGGUCGGCCCCACGCUGCUGGCCAAGCGGCGCUACAUGCGCCAGCACCUUGACCAUGUGCGGCGACGGCUCAUGUUCGAACCCCGGGGGCACCGGGACAUGUACGGAGCCGUGCUGGUGCCGAGCGAGCUGCCCGACGCGCACCUGGGGGUCCUGUUCCUAAACAACGAGGGCUACAGCUCUAUGUGCGGCCACGCGGUGCUGGCGCUGGGCCGCUUCGCGCUCGACUUCGGGCUGGUGCCGGCGCCCCCGGCCGACGCCCGAGAGGCCCUGGUCAACAUCCAUUGCCCGUGCGGGCUGGUGGCCGCCUUCGUGGAGUGCGAGGGCGGCCGCAGUCGCGGCCCGGUGCGUUUCCACAGUGUCCCGGCCUUUGUGCUGGCCACAGAUUUCCUGGUGGAUGUUCCUGGUCAUGGAAAGGUGGUGGUGGACGUUGCAUAUGGUGGUGCAUUUUAUGCAUUUGUUAGUGCUGAAAAGUUAGGACUCGAUGUUUGUUCUGCAAAGACAAGGGACCUCGUGGCUGCGGCGAGUGCGGUGACAGAAGCAGUGAAGGCUCAGUUUAAAAUUAAUCAUCCUGACAGCGAAGAUCUCGCUUUUCUAUAUGGAACUAUAUUGACAGAUGGAAAAGACGCUUACAAUGAGGAACCAACCACCAAUAUCUGUGUGUUUGCAGAUGAACAGGUUGACAGAAGUCCUACCGGCUCAGGAGUGACAGCUCGAAUUGCCCUUCAGUAUCACAAAGGGCUUCUAGAACUGAACCAGACCAGAGCCUUUAAAAGCAGUGCAACUGGCUCAGUAUUCACAGGGAAGGCUGUGAGGGAAGCAAAAUGUGGUGAUUUUAAAGCUGUCAUAGUGGAAGUAUCCGGACGAGCACAUUACACAGGUACCGCAAGUUUUAUAGUAGAAGAUGAUGACCCACUGAGGGAUGGAUUUCUUCUCAAAUAA